AUGCCACAUACCGUACCCGGGUGUCUACAUCCGAGCAACGGGAGAAAUACCAUCGACUGGAAUGAUGGAGGUCUCAUUGCAUAUGGAUCACAUAAUGUUAUAUUCAUCGUAGAUGUGCUUCGAUACAAAAGGAUCCAGUCAAUUGAACAUCAUCAGUCGGCCAUCAAUAUUGUCAGAUGGUCUCCAGCUCGGUCCCCGUUCGCCGAUUCUUCCACAUUCCAGCCAAUCGUUGCAUCUGCUGAUAUCAGUGGCCACAUUUUCAUUUCAAAUGCAAUCACCGCUGUGCAGAUUAACCAGUUCUCGCAUCCCAACAGCUCUGUCCUCCAAAUGUACUGGUACCCAUGGAAAGACAUCUCCCGUGACUAUCUUCUUGUUCUUCACUCCUCGAGUACUGUAGUCCUCUGGAAUACGGUAACGGGCGAAAAAGUUUGGAGUCACACCUACACUCAUGUACCUCUUUUUGAUUUCACAGUUGACCCUUUCUCAUUGAGAAAUGUUAUAUUUAGUAGUUCUGGUAACAAAGUUCUAGUCUGUUCGGAUAUCGCUUUAUCCGAGCCCGCAUCUUCUGGUCAUCUAUUCCAAGUCACUUCAGAAGAUGGCUCUACGACAACCACUAAUACUAAUAUUUACCUUAUCACAUAUCACAAAGCUUAUCGGAAUACGGUUUUCAUAGCAAUCAAUUCUAGCCUGCACCUAGUCAAUCCUGAACUGAUGUGUUGUCUGGCUCGUGUUCCCAUAGAAUCCAAUAUAGUCUCUUGGAUGCCGUCAAGCCGUCGGGAUGCUUUAUUCGCUGUGCAUUCAAACGGAGCAGCUACUCUGCGAGUAGCCAAAUUUGAACCAACAGAAGAGAAGAAACCAAAUGCAAGCUUCUCGAUGGAAAAGAUUUGUCAGACAGAAUGUGUCAGACCCAUGAACAAUCAACGGAUAGUGGCUGCUUCACUAUGUCCAACCACCCAAUCGACAGUCUCUGUACUGUAUCAGAAUGGAAAACUAGUGUUUUGGCAGCUGAGCAAUGGACGAGUUCCUCUAAUAUAUAGAGCUAGUUUCAUAGAAGACCUUUUCGGAUUUAAUGUAAAUCUUGAUACUAAACCGAUCGGAGAACUCAGCUUACAUCAAUUGAGCCAAAUGGGAGCCUUGUCUUCUGGUGUGACUUGUGUUCGAAUGAGACCAAUGGAUGAAUUGACCAAAGUGGAAAAUGAUCCUUUCGGUACCGUAGAUUAUACAAACACAUCUAAUGCCCAAUUUCCAGCUAACACUGCUCUCGGAACCCUCCAUCUCGCAGCUGUGGGUACCAACUCUGGAACAGUUCAUCUCGUCGACGUUUUCAGUUCUCAAAUCUACAGGGACUUCUCAGUUCAGCCUUCUUUAGUGAAAUGUCUGGAAUGGGGAGGUGUUUAUUCACUGGUAACCGCAGGAUAUAAUCAUUCGUUGAGUGCUUCUCAGAUUGUUCGAAAUGAUGUUUUCAUUACGGAUAUUCGAACAGGACUAGCUAGAAGGAUUCGACCGGAGACGGAUGAGAGUCCUAUAACUAUUAUUAGGGUUUCUUAUUACCACUGCUAUUUGGCACUUGCAUUCCAAAGAGAACCUCUGGAAAUAUGGGAUCUAAAAGGCCUUCGAAUGCUUCGCAAGAUGAGUCGAAGUUGUCCAAUUAUAAUUGAUAUGGCUUGGUCCAACAAACAUCACAGUUUCAAAACGACAGAAUCCACACUUCAGAGUGUUUACAAAGAGAACCUAGUUCUUCUAGACUCUGAAAAUCGUAUCUACCAUAUUCCCCUUCGUGGACUUCAUGUGCGGGAUGGUAAGAUGGUGAAUACGCAAUGGAAGAGUGCCAGUGCCCAGAUCUGCGCGAUGACGUGGAAAGACGAUAUGCUGGCUGUAGGAGACGUUGAAGGCAAUUUGGUUGUGUGGGAUUUGGGAAGAAGACAAUCUCGUCAGGUUCGAGAUGUCUCACAUUCAAGGGUCCUGCGAAUGACGUUCUCUCGAUUAGCUGGUGAUCAUACUAUGGCAGUUCUUCAUUCCAAAGAAGUUACACUUUGGGAUACAGAAGCAAUGACACGAAUUCAAUCCAUCCGAAUGGACGCGUCUAAAUUAUGUUUGGAUGCGGAUCUGUGUGGACUUUCCCCACUGGUUCUCACAAAUGAUAACACACUGAGAUUUGUUGUAUCAAACUCCAAAAACCAGCCGCUUAUGGACAAAGGUAAAUAUUCUUGCUUUAACAGUCGAAUAAUUUCUUUUUUUCAAACAGAGCUUCCAUUUGUCUACCAUGAUGACGCAAAUCAAGUAGUUAGGAAUUGGUUGGAGGGUACUGGUAGUCGGAAGUCAUCAGCUGACAGAAGCCCUGAUGAGAAACAAGAAGAAAACUUUUUGGACGACGCGUUGACUUGGCUCGAAAAUCAGAAGAAUCCACUGAUAGAGACUCUUGAAGCAGAUGUGUCAAAACUUCGGCGAGAACGAAUAGUUCGUCGUUUCACUGGAGAUCACUUUUCAGCUGAUCUAAUUUCCAUUGUCAUUGAUAGAUUCGCCCGUUCAGACACCGAUCAUUUACCACCAAAUCUACAAAUGUUCUGGGACAAUGCAAAGUUCAAAGAGCGAGAAUCGAGAGUAAUCAGUGUCGCAUGUGCAGCCGAACAAGCAAUGGAAAGACGAUUGGUUGAGCAAGCAGUAGUUGUGGGAGGGAAUGCGAAGGAACGAGUGACUGACCGAUUAAUUGUUUCCGCCGAUUUAAGAUACGCCAGCAUCAAAGCAGCCUUGUUGGUAUCUUCCCAAGACAACGAGAAAGCCAAGUCACUCAUUAAACUGAUUGCCACCAACUUGAUUGCCUCUGAUUUAAUUGAAGACGGAGUUGAACUACUUUUCUUAGUCGGUGCAGGUGGAGACGCAUGCAAAUAUUUACAAUCACAGAAGCUGUGGACUAAAAGUAUUGUAUAUGCAAAAGUAGGAAUGGGACUAGUGGAUCCGUCAGAGGUAGAAGCGAAAUGGAUUGGUCAUUUAGCCGAUGAAGCCAAACAGAUACGAGUUCUAGCUGAAGCUUCCCGUCUCAAUUGGCCUGAUGUGGUCGAGGCAACGUCUUCAGUGGAUCCUAUUCUCGCUCGUCUUAUUCUGCGCACAACCACCUCUACCCCACCAUUAUCGUCGUGCCCAACCCCGUGA